GAUCCGACUAUAUAAACUCCUGAGCUAUGUUUCUGCCCAGCAAAUCAGACCUCAGAACCAUCAAUCCCAACAACCAGGGACUUUCAUCCCCCAGAAUUCAACUCAAAACUUCGAGACAGCCCAGUACUUCACUGGUCCUCUUGACCUCAAUGCUGCUGCAAAGCAAAUGGCAGCCAUGACCGCUGCAGGGGCGCAAAGACAAAUGGCAACCGUCAACGGCCGCCCAUCCGCGGCGCCUGUCAAUCCUGUUGGCGGAGUAACUCCGGCAUCAUUUCUCGGCGGAAUGCCAUCCUCUUAUAAUCAACCAGCUAGCUUUAAUGGACCAUCUCAUGAUACUACCAGUUCGAUGCAAUUCAACCCCACAGCUUUGUCAAGUCAACCAAAUGUCCAAGGCAUUUACCCUCCCCAGCCAACCACUAAUGCCCCAUCAAAUCCUUCCCCCACGUCUCAUCCAAACUUCGCUUCACCGGAUGUCGCCAAGCAGCGACAUCGAACUUUCCUCAUGGGAUUGUCCAACGCCCACAUUACCCGCGCUCCCCUACCGCCGGCUUUAACUGGAUUUCCAUACCCACCCAAUUAUGACCCCAUAAAUUCGCCAUGGAAGUCUUUGGACUGCCCACCAGGUCAGCUAGGUGUGGUUCGCGUGGGUGGCAAGGACAUUGAUCUUCUGAGGCUAUGGGGUAUUGUAUGUCAGUUAGGAGGAUUGCAAAAAGUCUCACAACAGCCAAAUGGCUGGAUGCAAGUCGCUCACCAAUUUGACUUGCCAGAGUACCUUCCUCAUCUAUCAAAUCCUGGGCAGCAGCGCUCCGUUACUCAGAUUUUGGGCAAUUUAUACACUGCCAUCUUACACCCGUUCGACGAAAUGUAUCGCCGUAAUAUGCAGGAGAACAAUCGCAAGGCAAUGAUGGCAUCUGGACGCCAGCCGGGCGUUAAUACUGCACCUCCCAAUAUGAACCCAGGGUCGGGUGCGCCUCAUGCAGCACUCCCACCAGGAGCAGUUGGCGCCAAUACAGUUGGUAGCAUGAUGGGACAGCACGCGGUGAACAAUCAAAACCCCACUACUAGCCCUGCUUCUCAGUCACAGCCACUGCCACAAAGCCCUCAUCUUCGUCAAUCAUCUUCUGCGCCUAAUUUUCAAUCGCCCGCCAUCCCCUCAUCAUCGGAUCCCACGCCUAUACAGGCUUCAUCGCAGCUCAACAGUGCAACUUCUGCACCCCAGCUCCCAAAACCAAUGUCGGAUACAUCUGAAUCAGACACCCAAGGGACGAAGAGAAGGCUAGAGUCUGAAGAGGAAGAAGGGAAACGAGUAAGACAAAAGACAGAUCCACCAGAUACCACUGAGAGCACUAAUACCACGACACCACAUGGGUCCGUCCCAGGAGCUCCGCCCUCGCGUACUCAACUUACAAGGACAAAAGUCGAGUACAUCCCUUUUGCACGCGAAAUUGAUUUCACUGGCGGCCGUGAUUUCAAUGCACUGGAAGAGGAUUAUCUUCGAUCUCAGCGACGGCCCAUGCGAGAUAUCAAUGAGUGGGGCACGGUUGACAUUGAAGCGCUUACAAUGUCGAUCCGAUCGCGACUGACCGCCGAACUUUCCUACGCCCUAACGACAAUCACGUUGUUAUCUACUAUGCGGGGCCCAACCCCUGGGUCUGGAUUUCCUAUUUUACAAUGCACAGAAUUACUCGAGGAGGUCCUUGACCUACUUGAGGAGGAAGCGUUUGGGACCAUCCCAGACAUGGAUUAUAGACUGGGCAAUGGUGCCGAGAUAGUGCGACAUCGGACGCUCGUGGAUGGAGUUUUGGAAAAGGAGUCGAUGCUCUUUGCAGGGCUAGAGCACCGUGAUCCUCAGUAUGGGACACGCGGUCCAGGGCACCGCGCAGGCAAUAUUGUGCUCACGGUGACUAACCUCAUACGAAACCUUUCUGUUACCCCAGACAAUAUGCUCUGUUUGGCGAGACAUGAACGCACACUUGAUCUUGUGCUACGUGUCUGUGGUAUCACCACGUCAUCAGACGGAACACCCAAACCAACUUCGCCGGCACUCGCCCUCUCGGACGUGAUCAAUGUUCGAAAAGAUGCACUUCACAUUUUUGGCAAUUUAUCAAAUUACAUCGUGUUCCCAAAUCCUAGUUCUCCGUCGAACGCAACAACUCUCACUGCAAGCCGCAUCCUCGAAAUCAUCGCGUCUAUCCUGAUAGAACCCUCCGACUCAGUUCCCCCCACACAAUUCCUCAAACAAAGUGGAGUUCCUUUCCCGCACAGCAGACCGUCGUCUAUUGCCGACCUUGCCCUCGACGUUUUCACCCGCAUCGGCCAGCUGGACUGUAAUCGGCAGGUUUUCUCCAAGGUUAUGCCCCAAUCUCUCAUUUGGCGACUAUUGGAGUCCCUUCUUCAUCGUUUACCAGUGUCAGACCUCGACUUCGCUUUUCUCGGCCGGGAUCCAUGGCUAUCUUACUUGGAAAAGACAAUUAUGGCGAUCUAUACGAUCGCAUUUUUUUCACCGCCGGAAUUAAAGAAGAAGAUCAAGACAGAUCGCUCUCUGCGUUUCUCACAGGUUUUGAUUCGUCAGGUGCAACGCUUCGUAACGGUCGGUGGUAGCCCGGAGGUGCGUCAGUGGCACCUCGCCGUUGCACGACGAGCGGUGGAAACCAUGAAAGUGGUGGAUGAAGAGGAUGAUGCUUUUGACACCUCGCAGUCAACUCAGCCCACGCUGGCAUUUGGCAUGGGCUUUAGUGAUGCUAAUGAUUCUGGUAUUGAAAAGGGGGUAGGGUUACUUGCUGGUCGCCGGGACGCUACUUGGGAACUGCUGAUGCGAGAUCUGGAUGCUGUAAUGUUUUCGGAGCUGGAGAGUUUGAUGAGAGUUGAAUGCUAGUUUCGCGGGACGGUACUGUUGGUUUUAACAUCUUGUAUACUAACCCCUAGCUUUACAUUUUGCUGUCGAUACUAUGUAGUUCUGGAUGUCCAUGUCAACUGUAACGUUGAGCUUCUUGUCCUCCAGACAUUUGAUUUGUGUGCAAUUAU